AUGGCGAAUGUAUUCGGCUCAACAUGGCGCUCCUUUUGGCAUACCAUGACCUCCUAUGACCGUCAUGCCUCCCACGAUUCUCCCUACCGUACCGGUCGACACGUUCCUCUCAAUCAAAGCCGUCAUGAACCUCUCACAUCCAUUGCCACCAGUGCGAUCGAAUCUCGUCCAGAUCUCUCCAACCCAUAUGAUGAUGAAUCCUCCAAGGGCUUCACCAACGCGCAAUCCACCGAAUUCAACGGUUCCCCGACCGACCCUGGUUCCCCAAACCGCCCAUAUUCCCCCGGCAUGAGAUCAGCGGCUUCGAAACGGAGAUCAAAUGAUCAGGAAGGAGGAGAGAUUCAAAUGCAAAGUUUCCACGAUGGGGCACCACCACCUCCGCCUGUCGCUCACUCCUGGCGAAAGAUUGAGAGAUGGCUGGAGAGUAACUACGAGGAAUUAUUGGAUAACCUCGGCGAAGGAUGCACACAGAACGAUAUUAACGAGUUGGAACAUGAGUUGGAUUGCAGUUUGCCGCUCGAGUUACGGGAGUCUUUGAUGAUCCACGAUGGUCAGGAGCGCGGAGGUCUCCCUACCGGUAUUCUCUUCAGUUCCAUGCUGCUGGACUGUGAGGAGAUUGUGCAGGAACGCCACAACUGGAAGACCGUGAACGAGGAGUUCCUCAGUGCUGCCAUGAUGUCGACUCCCGUGUCCAGCUCCGCCGCAAGCUCAUCAGCCGCUCCCCCUCAACCCAAUGCCACAUGGCGAAACGAGUUGCUCGAUCGCCAGGACUCUCAGCCACCCGGUGCCGUUCAAAAGGCCUACGCUCACCCGGCGUGGAUUCCUCUGGCCCGCGAUUGGGGUGGUAACCUUCUUGCGAUCGAUCUUGCCCCCGGUCCCGCCGGUAAAUGGGGCCAAGUCAUCAUUUUCGGCCGUGACUAUGACUGUAAAUACGUGGUUGCCCGUUCCUGGGCUGCUUUCCUGGCUACAUUCGCCGACGACCUCUGCAGUGGCCGAACUAUUAUUGACGAGGAGACCAACGAAAUGAAACUCAAGGAGUUCAAGUCGCAGAAUGUCGAGCCGCCGUAUAUGGAGGUUCUCCGGUGGCGCGUUGACCAGAAGUACGGCCGUCGCCCCCAGCGCCGACGUGGUCCCAAUGGACUGGGUGGAAAUGCCAAUGGUAAGGGAUCCACCCGAGAUUCACCUUACGGCAGCCCAACUCGCGCUGAGGAGCGAGGCCGAUCUCCCAACCGCUUCCCCAACCGAGGACCCGCUCAGAGCCCCAAGACCCCCUUCGGUAUGUCCAGCCCUCUUGCUCGGGUAACUGAGGAGGGUCCUUCCGGCUCCGCGGGGCCUACAAUUUCUGAAGAUCCACAAGAGAGCAAGGAAGAGUCUGAAGAGGACUUGCUGGAGGUGACUACCCCACAAAUCUCCAACAAGGAAAAUGAAGGGUUCCCCGAAAUCAAGCCCUCCGAGGACAAGUCCGAGAAGAACGAUGAAUCCGCAGAAUCAUCAUCCAAUGUUCUAGACUCCGAGGUUCUUGGAGAGAUGAAGAACGUGGCCAUUUAG